GGUAACUGUUGUGCACUCGGUUCAUCUCCUCCUCCUCGGAGCCGCAGUCAGAGAGGGGUUGGCCGGGUUUCACGUUAAUACCACCCGUACCUACCUCUGUGUAUGUGUGUGUGUGUGGACGAACAACACACCGCAGACGAAAAAAAACCAGACCCGUUCUUUUCGGAACCAGCACCGAGCCGCAGCAGCAGCCAUGGCCGCCGCCGACGCCGCCGAUAAAGUGGAGCCCGCGGACAGCGAGCAGGACGAGGAGGAGGACGUGUACGAAGUGGAGCGGAUCAUCGACAUGCGCGAGGAGCAGGGUGAAGUUCUCUACAGGGUUCGCUGGAAGAACUACUGCUCUGACGACGACACGUGGGAGCCAGAGGCUCAUCUGGAGGACUGUCACGAAGUCCUUUUAGCCUUUAAGAGAAACAUCGUCGAAGCAAAGGCCAAGAAGGAAGCGGAGGCCAAGAAGAUCGUGAAACCGCUGCCCGUGAAGACCGAGGUGUUUGACGCCGACUCGGAGAGCGACAGUGACAAAGACCGCCCGGCUCCGUUGCCCGUCAAGAAGAAGAAGAAGAAAAAGAUCCGGGAAGAGGAUGAAUCUCCUCCAAAGGAGAAGGAGAAGGAUAAGAAGAAGAAGAAGAAAGAGAAACGGAAGGAGGAGGUCAGGCCUCAGCCUGCUCCGGAGAGCGAUGAAGAAGAGGAGGAGAAGGUCCCCACUCCACCCUCGCCCGCCAAGGAGAAAAAGGCCGAUCUGAAAAAACGGCUGAUGGACUCUGAAGAGGAGGACGACGAGCCGGUGCCCUCCAAGAAGCAGAGGAAGGAAAAGGGGAAAGAGGUAAAGAAGGAUAAGAAAGAGAAGGCAGAGGAGGGGAAGAAGAAGAAAGGGAAGAAGGACAAGAAGAUUGAAACCUCUGAAGAUGAGGCCGCCGCUCCUCUGGAGGACGACCUGAGUGAGGGUCCGUCAGAGCCCCAGGUGGACGACUCUGCGUCAAGAGACGCCGUGAAGUCAUUUGACAAGGUCCGCUUAGACGAUAAGUCCAAAGAGAAGAGGGGGAAGUGGGAAGUAAAGCUGCAGGGCAUCAAGGACAUCUUUUUUGACAAAAAGGUCAAGAAAACAGACGUCGGGCUGAAGGAAAGCAGCCUCCAGAAACUGAAGAGCCUCACGUCAAAGGGCAAAGAGGAGAGCGCCCCACACUCGGAUUCCAGCGACAGCUCCGCCUUGCACAAGAAGGUGAAAAGCAAAGGGCAGGAGAGCACGUCGACGCCCGCCAAAGUGGCGGCGUCCUCCUCGUCCACGUCGUCCUCCGCAUCUUCUGUCCCCGCAGUCGUCAGCAGCAGCAGCAGCAGCAGCACCACAAAGGUGAAGGAGGACGAGGUGGCCAAAGAGGAGGUGGCGAGCUCCAAGGACAGCCCGGGCUCCGCUAACCUGUUUGAGAAGUUCCUGCUCAACUGUGAGGCCAAGGAUCGAGCUCCUCGACGGCAGCCCGUGCCGGAGAAGAGCGUCACUAAACCAACUAAGGUCAUUGGGAAAAUCGAGAAGAUUCCAAAGGUGUCCAAAGAGUCUCCAGCUCAGAAGCCAGAGUCCGAGAAGACGGAGAGGACCAAGCAGUCUGACGCCUCCAGGCCCAGCCAGAGCUAUGGCUUCAGCCUGGACAGCGACGAGAGGGAGGCAGAAGAAACUGCGGUAAAACCAAGAGCCGGAGAGGAUUCACGGGAGCGACGGGAGAGGCAGGAGGAGCCGCAGAGACCCAGCUGGGAGAAGAGGACGCCGACGGACGACAAGAAGAAGAGGAGAGAGGACAGCGAGCCCAGGCUCUUCAUGGCGUGUGAGGAAAAUCAGGAGACGCAGGAGACACUGGAGGGCGCUGACAAAUCUGAAAAGGGUCAGGCUACACUGAGUCUCGGGAUGGACCUCAACCUGGACUGGAUGACUCUGGACGACUUCCAGAAACAUCUGAACGGGGAGGAUGAGAUCCUGUCGGGUCCACCACUGUCACCAAGUGAGUUGCGGGACGCUGUGAAGUGCGGAGAUUACAUGGCAGUAAAACUGGCACUCAACUCCAAAGAGGACUACAAUCUGGACCAGGAGGCAUGUACUAUUGGUGGCAAGGGGUCAUUUGAAGGAGAGAGGAGCUUGAUUGAAGAGACGAGUUUGAGUGAUGCUCUUAGGUUGACUUCUAACUUUGACAAUGCAAGGAAUCAAGAGGGAACGACAAGAAUAGAAGAUAAUAUACUCCAGCAUUUGGAUUGUCUUAAGGAUAAGGUUGAAGGGAUGGCAUGCUACCCCGACGAUGUCAACUCAAAGCAGAUGAUACUGAGUGACUAUAAAAACGUCCGGAAUGAUGGGAACACUGCUUGUAAUUCAGCCGUCAAGCAGAAUAGUGAAGGAUAUAAGGACCAAAGGCAAUCGGAGGAAGAUGAGAUGUUGGCCGACACAAAGGGCGGCUUAUCAGGUGAAAUGAGUUUGGACGCAGAAUGGAUUUUGACAAUGGAGCACGAUAAAACGGAGCUAACGGGCAUAACUGACGAACUGUGUUCCCCCGAUGAGUCAAACGAUGAAAUGGACGAUGUGGUUGCUGGUCAUUUAGAUAGUAAAGAUCUAGAUAGUUCUGAGCUGGGCACAAAGGAGACCUCUAAAAGGCAACUUCGCCGCUGUAGGAAAACCUUCGAGAAGAAAGAACCGACACGAUCUAGUCAAAGGACUUGUAAAAAAGUCCUCAACUUAACGCCUUGCCCAGAAGAUGAAGAGAAAAAAGAGCCGCCCAAAAAGCACUUCUGUUUAUAUUGCCAAAUGGCUUUCACCCAACUUACAAAGCACUUGGAAAAGAAACACGCUUUGGAAACAGACGUCGCCCAUGCAAUACACUUCCCCAAAGGUUCCAAACUCAGGCAGACUUUGCUUGACCAAAUUCGCAAUAAAGGAGAUUAUGAGCACAAUUGCCAGGUUCUUAAAAGUGGCGAAGGGGAAAUUGUGACCAAGAAACAGGUGAAAAAUCCUGCCAUAUCUGUCCGUGACUUCCUGCCCUGCCAGCACUGCUUUGCUUUUUAUCGCAAAACUGACUUAUGGAGACAUGAACGAGCAUGUAAGGCCAGAAAGGGCGACCAGAAACCUUCUGAAGGGACAAAUAGAGUCCACUCUGCUGCCUCCCGGUUGCUUCCAAUGUCGGAAUUCUUAACUGGAGGCUGCGAGGAAAUUGUCCAUAUCAUGCAUCAGGAUGACAUCUCGAGGCAUAUCAGAAACGACCCACUUAUUUGCAAAUAUGGCAACGCCUUGGCUGUAAAGUACGACCAUGACAAGUCUCAGUUUGCUUACAUUGCACAAAAGAUGAGGGAACUGGGUAGAUUUAUUGUUGCUGUUAACGAGCUUGACAAUAGUGUUAAGUAUCUGCAUGAAAUAUGCCAACCAUCCAAAUUUGAAUUGGCUGUUGAAGGGGCCAAAAAGGCGAGCGGAUUUGAUCCUGGCUCCAACAAGUUUAAAACGGUCUCUCUCGUCUCAAAGAUUGGCUACUCGUUGAAACGAGCUGCAGAAAUUGCAUUUGGGGAAAGUCGCAUGACCGAGGACAGUGAGAGUGAAAGUGAAGUUAAAAAGUUCAUUCACCUUCUUGAUACAAAAUGGAGUGAGUGUUUUUCUCGCAAAGCUCUUGCAUCAUCUGUAAAGCCGGAAAUAAAAAAGGUUGACGUAUCAACUUUGACAGAAGAUUUAAUGAAACUACACCGUUUUAUCGCAAAAGAAGAAGACGAAGCCAGGAAGGAUCUGAAAGAAAGUCCUUCUUUGUCAACAUGGAAAAAGCUCAGCGAAGCCACACUAGCAGAUGUUUGUCUUUUCAACAGAGGACGGGUAGGAAACAUAGGGCGAUUGCUUUUGCAAACUUACAACUGCAGGAAGAGUAACGCAACAUCUGUGCUAUCUGCAGAGCAUAUCAGGAAAAGCACAAAAUUAGAGCUGGAACUGCGUGCCUUUUUCACAAGGUUAGAACUUGAAGGUCAGUUUGGAAGGAACAUGCUGGUUCUGCUCACAGAAAAGAUGGUGCUGUCGAUUGACUUACUUAUUGAAAAGCGACACCAGGUGGGUGUGUCGACAACAAAUCCAUACCUGUUUGCCCGCAACGAAGGUCCGUCCUUCAUCAGAGGAUUGGAUUGUUUCCGCCGAGCUGCUGUGGAAUGUGGAGUUAAAAACCCGGACACACUUCUGUCCUCAUCAAUAAGAGAACAAGUUGCCACCUGUUGGCAGCUGCUGAGCCUAAAUGAAUGUGAACUGGACCAGGUAGCCCAGCUAGUCGGAUUGAACAGUCAGGAGUGUUACAGGCUGUCUGAAAACGCUUCACAGCUUGAAGAACUGAGCAAAGAACUGAUCAAGAUGGAACCCACACUGCCAUCAAGUUCACCUACCACCUCAAAUGAUGAUGUGGUGUGGGCUGUUCCUGAUGGCCGCAUCUGUGAGAUAGGUAGCGUGUCAACAAACGACGGCAACAAACGCAACAAAACAGGAACCACACAGAAGACCCCUUUAAAGAGAAAACCCUGGAGUGAGGAGGAGCAAGCUGCAGUCAGGCGUUACUUGAAUGACUACAUCACAAACAUGAAGGUUCCGGGCAAAAAGCAGUGCAACGCUUGCAUAGCUGCUGAGCCAAAUCUUAGUGAAAGAUCAUGGACAGACGUCAAAAACUAUGUACACAACACACUACAGACAUUACGGAGGAGAAUAAACCAAGGGAAGUCUGAAGGGAAUCCAAAGAGUCCUACAAGUCCUGAAGUCCAAACCAUCAAGCAAGAUUUGGAGGACACCAAUGUCGUCUGUUCUUUGACGACAGUAAAUCCAGAUGACUUUAAUUCAAACUGCCUUGUGACAAUGGCACCUCCAACAAACAUGAGAGACUCGUCACCGCCGUUCCCCCAUGAAAUGACCACAAGCUAUGCAUCCUUGUGUUCCACUAGUUCAAAUAUCCUCCAUUCGAGUCAGUCAUUAAUUUCCUCUUUCACGCCACUGAAUGCUACUGAUACACAAGUAGUUCCUACGUUUACCCCACACAACACUACAAAUGCACUUAUGCCUCCUCCGUACACUUCGGAGAACAACCACCUGCUGCCAAUGUCUUCUUCAUUUACACAGAAUAUGGCGGUUAUGUCUUCUGUGUACACGCCACACGAUACUGCAGGUCUACCGAUGAUUCCUGCUUUCAGCUCACUGAAUGCUCCAGUUACCUCAAUGAUUCCUACAUACACGACACUAAAUACCCCAAGUGCAUCAAUGAUGCCGGCAUUCUCCUCACUAAAUGACCGAAGUAGGCCAGUCGUUUCUUCCUUCACAGCACUGAACCACACAGGCUCACCAGCUUAUCCCACAAGCCCACCUAGUAUCCCCACAACUGCCCAGGUUGUCCCAACAAUCCUUGGACCCAGUGUCCCUGAUAGAGCACCCAUGGCACAGGAAAGUUCGCCCAUAUCCACCGCAGAGAGUGCCAAGCGUCCGAAGCGAAACAAGAGAUUAUGGAGCGAGGAGGAGCAGGCGGCAGUGAGGCGCCAGUUCGGAGACUUCAGUAAACUGUCCAAGGUGCCUGGCAAAAAGGAUUGUGAUGCAUGUUUAGCUGCUGAGCCUGCCUUGAGCAGCAGGACAUGGAGGGAAGUCAAGUAUUUUGUCCAUAACUCAAUCCAGUCAUUGAAAAGAAAAGGGCAUGUGGUUGCCGCCAAAGAAACUGGAGAACGAGAACCCGAGACUCUUACUUCAAACACAGAUUGGGAUGGUCCUGUUUAUCUGUCGCUGUAAAUGUCCCUUUUCAGUGGACACACUGGAAAGCACUUGGUGAUCGUGACACUUUGGAAGUGUUUGAGCACUGUGGCUAUGACCUCAAAUCACAUGGGGUUUAAAAAUUCAGUAGAUGUGAACUGUAGUGGAAUACAAACGCUAAUCCCGGCAGGCGUAUGGAUCUUUUCCGACUCGGCCUGCCAUCUUGAAGUACUUAGAAACUAGUCUACCAGACUAAGCUGUUGGUGUACUGUUGCAUGAAUAUAUGCUAAAUGAGUGGAGUUAAGGAUGUUUGUACUGUAGCUCGGACUCCUAAAAAGCAGUUAUUAAUGUUUAUUAAUAUGUUUAGAUCGUGUAUACCUAAUGUAACAGUCCGUGAUACAGGGGUGUCAGUUUGUCACAUCAUCAAAGCUUAUCAAUGGGAAUUGUUGUAAUUUUGAUAUGUGACCAUGUAGUUCAACGGAAACCUAACUUUUUUUGCCAAACCUAAUUUGCAACAAAUCAUUGGCGCACAGUAGCCACGGUGGCACUUAAUCUCAAGGUUCAAACUAGGGCUGAAAGGCUUGGGGGGGGGGUCUAAUUUACGAUUUGCUUUCAGGUAUUCUGAUUUUAUAUUUGUAGUCGUAUGUAUUUUUAGGUCAGUUUUAUUUCAAUAUUCAGUGUUUUAACAAUUACAAAUGUGAUUGAGCAUUGCCACAUGAGACAUGUUCCACCGAAUUUCCCGAAACUUGGUGGGAAGGUGUUACAGCCCAAGACGUACAAAAAAGUUUACUGUAACCAAGGCCUCAACCUCAACAGGGCGUCGGCCAUUUAGAACUUUGGCGUGUUGUACGUAAAUGUAAUGAAGAGGUAAGAAAAACUACUUUUGGCAGUCCAUGGCCUUGGUGAAAGUAGAUUGUGACUUGUAAUUGGAGGGUUGUCGGAUAGAAUCCCGUCAGGCCCCAUGACCUUUUGGGAUUGCUGUACCUAUGAGCAACCUCUGUGCCCAAUUCCCAUGGUUCCCCAUUAAUUGGAUCAAGUGGACACUCUAUUAAUCCAGUGUACUGUUAGUGCCGGUCCCAAGCCCGGAAAGUCAGCCGUCGUAAAAUAAACCCCUGGAUAAGACAAAUGAUAUUGUCUGUUGAUAGAUCCCCCUAGAUCCCAAUGUGCUAAUUGCUUUCACGUUGGAAUUUUAAAGGGAAAUGUAAUGUUUUUCAGCCCUAGUUCAAACACAAUAUUCACAGCAACAGCAAUGAGCCGUUAAAAUUGUACCCGUUAUUAAGCCUCAUUACCAGCCUCAGUACGUGGACAAUUCCACAGAGAAGGAUCUUUACUCGCUGCUCCUUACCUCCAGAACGCACUUGGACGUGAAUCUCUCUGCCUGCACAGUUUUCAGUAUUUUUUUCUGUGGAUUUCACCAAAUCGAAACCUACCAGCAAAUGUUUUCCACCUCGUUCCUUCAGUAUGGCGACGAUGAUGAUGAUGGAGGAUGUCCGUUGACUUGCUCUCCCUGAAUGCCUGAUCCAAGUGAACCAAAUAACUUUGCUUUAGCCUGUAGAUGUCUGUGUGUUGUAGACAAACCCCCCCGCCCCCCGACAGCCUGCACUUGUGGCAUAUUUUUCCUUCAUCUGGGACUCCCUUAAAUCAAAUGUUGAUGAAUGAUAUAAUCAUGUGUGUUUUAUUCCAUGUUUAUUAACAAGAAGUUUGAAAGGUUGGGCUGUAUUUUUAUAUCACUAUACACAAAAAUGUAAAGAGCAUUUGUAGUACUUUAUUGUAUUUAAUGAACUCUAAUUUAAGGUAAUAUACACUGCAUUUGUCCGUUUAAUCACCUGACCAUCUCAUUUUGAUCAUUUGCUUCAAAUAUAUCGUGUCAAUUGCGUCUAGCACACAUCACGGCAAACUUGUUAGGGGAUUUUCGGCUUGUAAAUCCAUACUUUGUAAAAGUGAAGCCUUAUUUUUAACGACAGCAAUUAAUAAUCCAAAAGGGAAAAAAACGCCGAUUAAAGUUGCAAUAGAUUUAGGAAACACAUAGUGUUAGGCAUUGCCAGAUGUUUUCCGAGUAUUAUCGUUUCUUUUUUGAGCUGCAAACCUUGUUGAAGGUUUAAAGUAAAUAAUGUACAAAAUGCACUUAUUAAUUGAAAUAUUCAGUCACUGCAGUUUGGGGCUACAACGAUGAAUCCACAACCUCAUUUUUAAUCGACAACUAAAAUUUUCAGAUUUUCCAAUAUUUUCUGGUUUCUUUGCUCCGUUAAACAAAGAAAUGAUUAAAGUUGAAUAUGUUUUGGUUCGUGGAUAAAACGAGACGUUUAAGAACGUCAUUAUUUUGAGUUUUUUGGACCAAAAAAAAGUACUUAAAUAAUCAUCAGAUUAAUCGAUUAUGAGAAUAAUUGUUAGUCAUUGACAGUUGGCAGAGAAAUAACAAUCGACAACAUGUGAUUGUUAUCUGCAAUUAAAUGAAAAGGAAAUGAUGUGAUUUUAGAGUUUCAGACGUCACUGUUGCCAUUUAUCAGAGAGGAAACUUUAGUUUUCUUCCUCAGUAGCAGCUGUAGUGAAAUCAGUGUUCAUUCAUUCAUAUGCAUCAGUUUUCUGCAGUGUCGGUGGGACUGGAUCUGUUUUUCAGUUCACUCAUAACUUGGGAGAAGAGUUCUUGUGUGAAAGGUCAAAUGAGAGCCACUAAAUCAUUUUUACCAUCCAAUGUUGCAAAGCAAUGUUUCUCCUUUUGUUUUUAUAUAGUAGGUGAUGGAUUUUCUUUACUUUACUGUUGUACAUAAAGUUGCACAUGACUCCACACCCUGUUGUAAUUAUGUUUCCUUCACUUCAUCCUUCUUACCUAGUACUGUAAGGAACCUCUGCUUGAACAAUAAAAAUGUUCCUUGAUUUAAA